GCGUGUGUAAAUCCGUACGUAUUAUGCAUUGUUUACGUAAGACGUAACCUUACUUUCGAUUUAUGUUACUUUUCCAAUCUGUUAAUUGUUUUUGCUUAAUUAAUAUAAUAACUCCCUUAAAAAGUGAACAUGAUCAGAAAUAUUUUAAGUUUAAAUAAAGAAAUUAGUUUAAAAUUCGUGAAAAACGUUAGUCGACGAAAUGUAAAAAGUUUUUCCUCACAAAAGCUGCAACCUGUGAAACUAGCUUUUACUAUUUAUGAAAACUACACAAGUAAAGCAGCCCCAUUUGUGAUAAUCCAUGGGCUGUUUGGCUCGAAACAGAACUGGACUAGUCUAUGUAAAGCUUACAGUCAAAAGAUUGAACCACCUAGAAAAAUUUUUGCUGUAGAUCUGAGAAAUCAUGGUGAUAGUCCCCAUUCAGAAAAUCAUACUUAUGCUCAUUUGGCCGAAGAUCUUCGCCUUUUUUUAGAAGACAAUGGCCUAGAGAAAAUCUUCCUUAUGGGACAUUCAAUGGGGGGUAGAUGUGCUAUGUUAUUUGCCUUAACUUAUCCAAAACUGUUAGAAAAAUUAAUUGUGGUGGAUAUUUCGCCCAUUAAUGUAAGUCCCAAUUUCAGUGAAAUGUCGAAAAUAAUAGAUGUUAUGAACAGAACUGAAAUGCCAAAGAAUGUAGUACUUAGCCAGGCCCGAAGCAUUGUUGAGCAACAACUAGCUGAAGUUAUACCCGAUAAAGGCGUUAGAGCCUUCAUUUUGACUAACUUGAUGGCUACUGAGGACAAAAGCUAUAAGUGGAGGGCUAACGUUCCAACACUUCUUAAAGCAUUCCAAGAAGUAGGCAGGUUCGAUGUGGAAAAUACUGCACAAUAUACCGGAGAAACGUUGUUUAUAGGAGGCGAAAAAUCAGACUACCUGCCUAUCAGAUGUGAUUUUAAUGUUGUCAAUAUGACUUUGCACAAAAUUUUCAGUAAAUGUGGACUAAACUUUCUCAUAGUAAAAUGCAUUCCCAUCAAUGUUCGGUUCAAAACAGAUCUGGCCCAGACAGAAAACUAUAAACAUAUUGUGGAUUUAGCAUAUGCUUCAUAUCAGAGUACUGAUACGAUUUUCGGAAAAGUGAAACUCCGAGACGUUCCCUCGCCCUUACUUAUAUUACAUGGAUUUCUAGGAUCGAAAUCAAAUUUUAAUACUUUAUGCAAAAGGUAUCACGACAGGGUAAAACCAAAAAGAUUAGUCUAUGCAGUCGAUCUUAGAAAUCAUGGCGAUUCCGCUCAUUCUAAAGAUAACUCUUACGAUGAUUUGGUUAUGGACAUUUUGAAAUUCCUCAAAACAGUUGGGCUGGAAAAAACCUGCGUUUUAGGUCAUGAUAUAGGUGGUCGCAUUGGAAUGUUAUUAGCACUGAAAAAUCCUGAAUUAGUUGAGAAGCUAAUCAUUUCAGAAACAUCGCCAAUAACGACCAGUCGCAGUUUCAAAAUAUUCCCGGACGUUUUGCGGAUCUUGAACAACUUAGUAUUCCCACCGAACUUGCCUUUGCCUCAAGCUAGAGCUCACGUUGUAAAUUGCCUGUCUCGAAUAGUGAAAAGCAAAGAACUUAUGUCGCUGGUUUUAAUGAAUUUGAUUCAAAAAUCAGACGGAGGCUAUUCAUGGCGAUUUAACAAUAAAGCGCUGCUUGAUUUCUUUGAUGAAUUGUCCUCAUUCCCUGAAAUUCACAAUUUAGAGUAUAAAGGCCCCGUCCUAUUUCUUGGAGGUGGAAAAUCGGAUUAUAUUCAAAAAACCGAUUUCCCCAAAAUACUGAAGUUCUUUCCAAACGCUCAACUGAAAUACAUUGAAGGAGCAGGACAUUGGUUGCAUGCAGAGAAACCAAAUGAAUUUCUGAAAAUCACCAUAGAUUUCCUGAAUAGACCCUCUGCAGGCUAAAUUUAUUGUUGAUAAUAAUAAUAAAAUAAAAUAAUUUGCUAUACUAAAAA